AUGGCAGCCCAAAAAGCCGUCGUCAUUACCGCCCCUAAUCAAGCAACCGUGGUGUCCAACAGAUCCUUACCCAAACUUCGCCAUGACUGCAUCCUCGUCAAAACCGUCAGCGUGGCCCUGAACCCAACAGACUGGAAAUCUAUCGAACACAGAUCUGCCACAGGUGUGCUUGUGGGUUGUGACUACGCAGGGAUUGUAGAGGAGGUAGGGAAAGGUGUCAACAAGACAUUUAAACCAGGAGACCGAGUCUGCGGAUUUGUCCACGGUUGCAAUGCUGUCCAACCGGAAGACGGUGCAUUUGCAGAGUACAUCGUGGCAAUUGGGGACUUGCAACUACGGAUCCCGGACCAUGUGAGUUUCCAGGAGGCUACUACUUUGGGCCUGGGUGCAGUUACUGUGGGACAAGGGCUUUAUCAGAGUCUGAAGAUGGGCUUUCCUACUCCUACUCCUACUCCCCGACCCAAUGAGACCACGCCGAUUCUCAUCUACGGCGGCUCAACCGCUACAGGAACCCUGGCAAUCCAGCUCGCCAAGUUAUCUGGCUACAAGGUGUUGACGACCUGCUCACCGCACAACUUCGACCUUGUGAGGGGAUUGGGCGCUGAUGCAGUUUUCAACUACCAUGACCCGGACUCCGCCACUGCAAUCAAGGAGCAUACACAGAACCGUCUGAAAUUGGUGUUCGAUACAGUCUCAACCGAAUCUAGCGCGGAAUACUGUGAGCGUGUGCUAUCAACCGAAGGUGGCGACUAUAGUACUCUUUUACCCAUUACUAUUGAGCGCGAGAAUGUUAAUAGCCGGCUCACGGUAGCUUAUACGGCUUUCGGCAAAGGGUUCAAGUUCGGUGAUAGGGAUAUUCCUGCCAGUUCUGUGGACAGGGAGUUUGCGGACAAUUUCUACGCUACUGUUGAGAGAUUGCUUGGAGAGGGAAAACUAAGAGCUCAUCCCCCUAGGGUUUGUCUUGGUGGGUUGAACGGUGUUCUGGAGGGAUUGAGAUUGAUGAAGGAAGGGAAAAUCAGCGGAGAGAAGCUCGUGUAUAAUGUUGCAGAGACUCUGUGA